AUGUACCAGAGGCCCACUCUGAGCCUGAGCCAGGUCCGCGCCGCCAUGAACGCCAUGCUGGACCAGGCCGAACAGGAACCCGAUCGCCCCCUGGCCAUCGCCAUCGUCGACGCCGACGCCAAGAUGCUGAGCUACGCCCGCAUGGACAACUGCCGCGCCCUGCCCCAGCGCAUGGCCGUCAGCAAGGCUUACACCUCCGCCAUGUCCGGGUCGGACUCCAACGCCUACGCCGAGCGCCUGAAGAACGAGGGACGUAACAUCGCUGACUUCGGAGACUCGCAACUGGUGGCAGUGCAGGGCGCCGUCGUCGUGCGCGACCCGGGGACCGACCUGGUGCUGGGCGCCAUCGGCGUCAGCGGCCUGUCCGCCCAGGAGGACGAGGACCUGGCCCGCCUGGGGUCGCAGGCGCUGGGGCUGUAG